CACAAACGCGUCGCGUCUCAUUUGUUUACUUUGCUUGGUAGUUUUGUUUAAUAGCAAAAAACAGUCUGUAUUGCCUAAAGGACGUUCGAUAGGUGUAUUUUAACAUACAAGCAAUCAUCUAAUGAGUUCGAGAAAAUAGGUUAUCGUUUCCUUACUGCCAAACCUUCGUUCUUCCACAUUAAAUGUACAGCUCUCCUGUAAAUAUAAGGAAUAUAUUGAAACGAUUGCACAGAGUAAUUUCGGACUUCCAACAUUAAGCAUAUAUUUGUAUUCCUCUCAUUGCGCUUAAACAUUAAAAAACUUGGUGCUUAUCGUGUCUUUCCGAUUCGCUUUUGAUUUGAAAGAAUUUCCUAAUGGACGAAUUUCCUAAUGAAGAUGAUAUUGAUGUUUUGCUUGCGGAGGACAGGCUUCCUUCGUUAGGAGAGUAUGAGGAUCUUAUUGAUGAGGAGGAGAAGAUUCUACUUGAAGAGCGAAAUCAGAAUUCUAUAUUGCAUCUGGAAGAACGUAAUGUAAUGUCAAAUCUUUUCAACAGUUCUCAACCGCCCGUUUCGCCUACAAGGAAUGGAAAUGACUUACCAUCUCGUUUGGACUUGUACAGCGACACUUCUGAUAUGAGUGAUAUUCUUCCCUUCGAUUUGGUCUCGCAGAAAUUAGAAAUACCAGAUGGUCUUUUCGUAUCCCCUGGCGGCGGUCGAGCUGAUGAGACGCAAUCACUUAGAGAGAGAAAAUCGAGCCUUUCACACGAUACUCACAGUUCUGUUGCCGCACGAACCACUUCAGGAAAGGAGCUGAUUUUUAAGAAGAGAUAUGACAGAAGAGAGUUAACAAAUACCUCUGAAUGCAAGUCUGUACUUGACAUCUCAGAUUCCUUCUCCUCUUUGGUUCAAAGGGUUGCUAGUACAGGGACGAAAUUACUCCAGGAAGAAAAAGCGCGGCAAGAGGAACGUCUACUUGAUCCUGACACUUCCUCGGUGUCUGUAUAUUCACAGACUUCGAAAACGGAUGGUCUCUUAUGGACGGAUAAGUACCGUCCCCAACUGUUUCGUGAUCUAGUCGGUGAUGAACGGGUACAUCGCAGUGCUAUGCAUUGGAUAAAAGAAUGGGACUCAUGCGUCUUUGGACUCAGUCCACCGCCUUCUCGGAAUGGCACAGCGAAGCCGCAAUUGAAACUCGAUCCUUACGGGCGUCCAGAAAAACGCGUAUUAUUACUUACGGGACCACCAGGUUCAGGAAAAACUACCCUUGCCCAUGUCAUAGCUCGUCAAGCUGGUUACAAUGUUGUCGAGGUUAAUGCCAGUGAUGAUCGCACUGCUAAUACUGUGAAGCAGAAAAUUGCAGAAGCAAUAAACACACAUACCGCAUUCAGUAGCAGACCUACCUGCAUUGUUGCUGAUGAGAUUGAUGGAGGAGAUCCGGGAUUUGCUCGUGCUCUUGCUGAUUUGUUAAUUGGUGAUGAACGAGCAACUUCAGCAAUCACCAACUCACAAAAACGAAAGAGAAAUACUAAUCGCAAACUGAUUUUAAGACCUAUUAUUUGCAUUUGUAAUGAUGUCUUCACGCCUUCUCUGCGAACUUUGCGACCUUACGCACGAAUCGUCUACUUUAAACCCGCACCUCAAGCAGCCCUUGUCGGUCGGUUGCGCACAGUUUGUCGCUUGCAAGGACUCAAUGCCGAUAGCAGAUCCCUCACAGUUCUUACUGAUCUAUGUAAAUUCGAUAUCCGCUCUUCGUUAAAUGCGCUUCAAAUGCUUUCCAGACACUCCGAUUCCAUUAGUGAACAAACAAUGAAGCAGCUCAUGUUUCCAGACUCAGGCAAUGAUUUAAGCAAUCAUGCAGUUGGGCUGUUAACCAAAAUUUUUCGGCUUCCACAGUCAAAAGAGCUUCGCUUUUUGAAGUCUGUAACUCCGCAGUAUACUCAUUUUUCAUCAUUACUAAAUUCUUUGGAGUCCGUUGAUGAUAACAAUAGUACUCUCAUGCAUUGUUUUCAGACGUUUCUUACAUUGUCCUUUGCUGAUCAUCUAUUCACGAAGGUUAUAUCUUCUGGUGAUUGGUUGUACUUUAUGGACAGAAUCUUGACUCUGCAAUAUCAGGGCCAUGCUGAACUUCUACGCUAUUUUGCCUCCUCGCUAUUGCAUUUUCACCAGCAUUAUGCGACAGUGGAUUGUCCUCGGUUUACAAAGCUUCCUAGAGAUGACUUGGAAAUGAUGAAGAAUAGAAAGUCGAGGUCUGAAAUUUUGGACGACUUCUUUAACAGAAUCCCACUUGUUAGUAGACAAAUGUAUUCCAGAACAACUGUUCUUUUGGAUGCAAUACCUUUUCUUGUCAACUUGGUUAAUCCAGACAUCAAGGCGGUUUCCAAGACGUUGGUUAAUCCUAAUGACGAAAAGGCUCUUCAACACACCGUGGAUCUCAUGGUGUAUUCUCAUUUAAACUAUGAACAGCUACCAUCAUCUGAAGGUGGUUUCAUAUAUCGCUUGGAUCCCCCAAUCGAUGAUUUAUUAAUGAACCCAAAACGAUCUUUCUAUUCUUUGCGACAACUCAUUUCAAUUCAGAUUUCAAAGGCGAAGAGAGCUAUCCUUUCGAAUAAACUAAAGAAUUCUAACGGAUUAAAGAAGGAUGCUCCGAAACCGGCAAAACGUAAACUUCAUGAACGAAACAACAUUCAACGCGACUUUUUUGGUCGGGUUGUCCAACCAAAGGAUGAACAUUCUACAUUAAUGGUUAACGAACUUCCUCUAAAGCUCGCCCCUGUAACUGUAAAAUAUCGUAAUGGAUUUUCCAACGCUGUCCGAAAACCCAUUUCUCUACGAGAAAUCAUUGAUUUGCUUUAGCGACUUUCCCUUUGAAGACGUUAUUUAAAUGUAAUGAAUGAUUUAUGAUCCUAUAUCUGCGAGACAUUAUAUUUAUUGAGAUGUAUACUAUUCUCAUGUUUUAUUUUCACAUUUCUUGAUGCUUUAUAUUUUGUUUUAAUUUUAUUUUUUUUUUUCCUGCUUUAUGUUAUCUCUAUCUUUCAAUACUUUUGGAUUGAAGUCUUUAAUAUUUUUUACAUUAAUGAAGAUUAUCUUUUUUUUUUGCUGCA